GGUAUAUGAGCUUGGGGGUUUCGCUCGCCAAAUGUCACCUAGUCAUCCUUGUCCUCGAUAAAAUCUGAUAUUGCCAUGUCUGGUGCUAAGACGCCCUUGAAGUCUUUUGACCUUUCGUCCUUCCGCUACGACCCACUUCGACGCGAAGCGAAAGGUACGAAUAUUACCGCGACUCGGACGCGUUUUGAACGCGAAGAUGGCGAGUUGGACGUCAACGAGGGGGCGUUGGCCAAGCUCCAGAGUAGCCAGCCUACCAUGGUACCAGUGGUCUCAGACCCAAUCAUUUACCCAACCUCUCCCUCCCACCGCUCCACCUAUCUCCACCCAACGACUCACAAAUCGCUUACCACCCAUCAAUGGGCUGUCUACGACCUAACACUCCAGAUCCCCAUUGGCAAGAUAACGACCUACAAAGAAGUCGCACUCGCACUUGGGUCUGGAUCACCAAGAUCUGUGGGCUCGGCGUUGAGGAAUAAUCCGUUCGCGCCGUAUGUGCCUUGUCAUAGGGUUGUUGCGUCGAAUAUGUUUGUGGGUGGGUUCUUUGGAGAGUGGACGGAUUUGAAAGGGAAGGCUUCCAAUGGACGCGGCAAA